GGGCCGCGCGUUCCUGUCGCAGCCCGUCUCCCUCUCUCCCCCUCUGCAGCCCUGCGCCGGGAGGCCCACAGCUGGGACGAUGCCCCCUGCGCGCGGCUCCAAAAGCCUGGGGAGCAAGCAGGCCCGGCCCGGCCGAGGGGCAGGCGUGGAAAAUGUUCAAGCAGACAAGGAGGAGAUUUCUCAGGCAAAACGAUCCCCCUCUUCGCCCCAGGGGGCACCCAGGAAGCGUUCAGCCUUUGGAGAUAUUACCAACGCUCAUGAGGCGCAGGGCCUUGCGGGGAGGAAGGAGCCAGUGAAGAUGAUUCCCAAGAAGGCCUCCAAGGGAUCCGCCCCACUGAACGUGGCCAAGAACAAUGAGAUCAACCUGAAGAAAUCUCUGGACAAAGCCCCCUCCGAGGAAGGUCCUGCUGAGCUGGGCGAUGCGGUCAACCGUGGCCUCAGAGAGGAGCAGGUCGACCCGCUGGUCGUGGUGGCGGCGCCAGCAGGCCUGGUGACUCCGGCUGAGGACAUAGACAAGGGCCAGCUGGACGACCCCUAUGCCAAUGCCGAGUACGCGAAAGACAUCUUCAUCUACAUGCGGGAGCGAGAGAAGAGCUUCCUGCUCCCGGACUACAUGAGGAACCAGCCCGACAUCACCAUGGAGAUGCGGGCUAUCCUGGUGGACUGGGUGGUGGAGGUGCAGGAGAACUUUGAGCUCACCCAUGAGACCCUUUAUCUGGCGGUCAAACUGAUGGAUCACUACUUGGUCCGGGUGGGGGCCAUGCGGGACAAGCUGCAGCUGAUCGGCUCCACAGCCAUCCUCAUUGCCUGCAAGUUCGAGGAGCGCUGCCCUCCCUGCGUGGAUGACUUCUUGUACAUCUGUGACGAUGCCUACAAGCGGGAAGAGCUGCUGGCCAUGGAGAUGAGCAUUUUGCAAACGCUCCACUUCGACAUCAACAUCCCCAUCGCCUAUCGCUUCCUCCGGCGGUUUGCCAAGUGUGCCCGGGCUACAAUGGAGACCCUGACCCUGGCCCGCUUCAUCUGUGAGCUGACCCUGCAGGACUACGCGUUUGUGCAGGAGAGCGCCUCCCGCCUGGCUGCCGGCUGCCUUCUGCUGGCACUCAAGAUGAAGAACCUCGGCGGCUGGGCAUCCCGUCACCGAAGGAAAGAUUUGUGCGGGAAGGAGGAAACAUGCAGAGCCAGGACCACAGGCAGGAUCCUGGGCUUUGCCGGAACAGAAGGGAAGCGAGCUGGUUCCCUUUGCUGCUCUCUCUCCAGCCCUGAUGGCUGCAAAGGUGGGCAGGGCCCGACCCUGGAGUACUACAGUGGCUACAGAGCCCAGGACCUCCUCCCACUGGUGAAGCAGCUCAACUUCCUGCUGACCCACGGCCGGGAUGACCGACUCAGGGCUGUGCGCAACAAGUACUCCCACCGGGUCUUCUUUGAGGUGGCCAAGAUCGAGCCAGUGGACACGCAGGAGCUGGAGAAAGCUUUGCAGAGCUAGCCCCGGUGUUGAGGGUCGGGGCAUCUCCGGCCCCGGGGCCUGUCCUGCACCGAAGCUGGAGCUGACCUACCCUGUAAUAGCCUAUGAGGCCUGUAAAUAUAUUUUUUUUAAUGAUGGGAGGAAAAAAGGAAAAAUGUUAUGGGGGGGAAUUGUAUGGGCAAAAUAACAAGCUUUCAAUAAAAGAGUGUGAGCGCAACCUUUUUGUCAUGCCUUCAGUGGGCAUCCCAAGAGCGCCCCUUUGCUGGGCAAGCCCCAUGUGUCGCUGGCCUGGCUCCGGGUGGGAGGUCUCGCUCCAAGAGGGUGCAAGGAAACACGAGGCCAAAUGCACCUUCAGCUGCCCAAGGCCACAUA